AUGAAUGUAUCAGCUGUGCCCAAGAAGCUGUGGUGUGCCCGUAAACAGCUGGUCGUGCUGCUCACUCCUCUCCUGUUCCUGCCUUUACUCUUUACUCUGCCAGAAAAGGAGGGAAAAUGUCUUUAUGUGGUGGUGCUGAUGGCUAUGUUUUGGUGCACAGAGGCUCUUCCUCUGGCCGUCACCGCAAUGCUUCCCGUCUGCCUCUUUCCAACGCUGGGAAUCCUUCCCUCCAAAAAAGUCUGCCCUCAGUACUUCCUGGAAACCAACUUUCUCUUCCUCAGUGGGUUGGUGAUGGCCUCGUCCAUUGAAGAGUGGGGUCUUCAUCGCAGAAUAGCCCUGAAGGUCCUUACUAUUGUUGGAGUGAAGCCAGCAUGGCUGAUACUGGGAAUGAUGCUGACCUCGUCCUUCCUGUCCAUGUGGCUCAGUAACACGGCCACAACCGCCAUGAUGCUUCCUAUUGCUAACGCCAUCCUGGAGAGUCUGUUUGGAGACCUGGAGACCCUGAAAAAGAAAUGCAAGACAACAGAGGACACAGAAGGAGAUAUCAUAAACGGUCAUUCUGUGAAGCUGCAUUCACUGCCCUCAGUGCCCUCGGAAAAACAAAUACUGUCAAUAGACGGGCCAGAUGGAAAGGAGCAGACUGAGCCGAUGACAGCUGAAGAGAGCCAAUCAGAGGCUCAGUAUCAGCUGAAAGUGUGGAAAGGAUUCUUGAUCUGUAUUCCCUAUGCUGCCAGUAUCGGAGGCACCGCCACACUGACUGGCACGGCACCAAACCUCAUCCUGAUUGGACAGCUGAAAAGCUACUUUCCAGAGUGUGACCUCAUCAACUUUGGCUCCUGGUUUGCGUUUGCAUUCCCACUCAUGCUUCUCUUCCUUUUUUUGGGAUGGCUCUGGAUCUCAUUUCUCUAUGGCGGAUUGAAUACACGAUUGUGCUUCAAGAAAAACGACCGCAGAGCCAAAGCAGAGGCCAGAGCAAAGGCUCUUAUAGAGGAGGAUUACAGAAAACUAGGGUCCAUAAAUUUUGCAGAGGGAGCAAUCUCCUUCUUUUUUAUUAUCUUUGCUGUUCUCCUGUUCACGAGGGAUCCCAAAUUCGUCACCGGCUGGUCCGUGUUGUUUAAAAAAGGGUACGUCUCAGACGCCGUCACCGGUGUUAUCAUUGUGUCUAUAUUGUUCUUCUUCCCCUCUCAGAAACCCUCUCUGAGCUGGUGGUUUGACCCUAAAGCUGCAAACACUCCUUACGUCCCUCUGUUAUCGUGGAAGAAAGCUCAGGACUCUGUUCCCUGGAAUAUCAUCUUGCUACUCGGAGGAGGCUUCGCGAUGGCUAAAGGUUGUGAGGAGUCCGGACUGGCCUCGUGGAUCGGAGGCCACCUCCAGCCUUUGGCCGAGGUCCCUCCUGCUGCAGCUGUGAUGCUGAUCACUGCUUUCUUGGCCUCUUUCACAGAGUUUGCCAGCAACACCGCCACAAUUAUCAUAUUUUUGCCAGUCAUUGCUGAGCUGGCUAACCACGUCUUGGUGAACCCUCUCUACUUCAUGAUUCCUGCGACAAUCGGAUGUUCAUACGCCUUUAUGCUGCCAGUGUCCACUCCUCCAAACUCCAUCGCCUUCGCAUCAGGACAUCUCAUGGUCAAAGACAUGGUGAAAACUGGCUUUGUCAUGAACAUCCUUGGUGUCCUUUCAGUCGCUCUGGCCAUGAACACGUGGGGCGUUGCCAUGUUUGACUUGAACACGUAUCCAGAGUGGGCUCGCCCCAUCAACAAGUCUGCUGUUCUUACAGGAAUCCAUCUCCCACCUCUCCAGUCUCUCAAUGCUACACACUGAUCACACUUCAAUCCCAGCAUCAGCAAGGAGGAAGCUACAAAAGACUAAAAAGUUUAACUUUAAGCAGGUACAGAAAUCUGUCUGUAGAUAUUUACUCAGUGUCACUGAUACCAGAACCCUCUGGGAGCAUUAGCUGUUACCUGUUAGGAUGGAUUCAGUUCAGCCAGAUUAAAUUUGAGUCUUUAAGGCUCUGAAGGGUCAAGAUUUUAUACUGGGAACUACUAGACAUGCCACGUUUGAAAGUAUCUAUGUGAAGCUUUUGAUGCUUUUCCACUAUGUUGUACCAACUUGACUUGUCUUGACUCUACUCAUUUUAGAAAAAUUACCACUGAAAAAAGUACCUGGUUCUUUUUGGUAUCACCUCUGAUGAGGUGUCAAGCAAGCUGAGUUGAUACUAAAAUGUGACGUAAAGACACUAUCGAUCACUGAUUGUUCAGAGAGUUAUAACUAGUCGAUGGCUUUGUGUGACUCCCCAAACUCUCAGUACUUUUCAGCUGUUUUUGUCUUGUUACUUGCAAUUAUCUCUGAGGCAAAACCGAUUUCCUUGCCGUGAGAAAAAACUACAAACUGAGAACCAGUGACACUUUCACCUCUAUGUCCUCCAUUGUUGGUGUGUUGGACAUCAUGGCAGUUUCACACAACCACACUAUGAUGCUCCAGCCUAUAUUGAGGA